AUGUCUUCACGACCACAUGGCGAUGGCCCAUCGACUCCACGCAUUGUCAUCGUGCCAGCUUCAUCUCCAACCACAACCUCCCCCACGACGGACUCGGAGGACGAGCACUUUUCUCCCAUCACUACUAGCACCUACACUCCCCUCCGCUUUUCUCCGAAGCCAUCCCCCAAGUUACCUCCCAAGUUACCUCCCAAGUUACCUUCCAGGUCAUCCGCUAAGUCCCCCCUCACUCCCACCCACCAACCCAAAGCGCGCAACCCCAAAGCACCGACCCCCAACCUCAAAAUCCUCACCACCCACCUCCGCACAAAACUUCACCCGCUCGUCUCCAGCACCACCGGCCACGAACACCCCAGCUUCCCGCGCACACUCCUGGGCUUCCACUGCCUGACCCACGCGCAGCUCGACGCCCUGGCCGUGCACUUCCAUCAGGUGUAUCCGCCGGUCGCGGCCACGGCGUAUUAUCCGAUCACCGUGCCGGCGUGGGUGGGGACGGGUAUGGAGGCGCGGGUGGAUUUGGAGACGAAGAGGAGGCGGUUUGGGAGGUUUAUUGGGUUGAGGGGUACUGGGAGUACUGGGAAUAGUGGCAGCACCCAAGAUAACCCCCCCGCAGAGGAAUCACCAGAGGAGAUACUGGCCCGCAUGGCCCGCGAGUGGGAUGCCGCCAUGGAGCGGGCCAAGUGGGAUUCCAACUUCGCCUUGCGGUGGAAGAUGGGAGGUUAA